AUGAAGACAUCGGUGAAGCCAGCACCGAAAGCUACUUCAGCACGAGCUACUCCAGCACCGAGGGCAACUCCCGCACGCAAGUCCAAGCAAUCCACAGCAGCUCCCAGCACUGCACCCAUCGCCGCACCCCCCAAGAAGUCAUCGGCCAUCAAAGCCCACAGCAAGCGCGCAACCAAACUCUCCAUCCCCACCACCACUCUCGUCCCCCACGUCCCCCGCCAGCGCGCCAUCCUCGGUCAAAAAGACGAGUCCCUCCUUCGCAUCACGGGCAAAAGCGCCAUCACACACAAGACCAAUGACUUGCGUUUCCGCCUCAUCCCCCAUGCCUCCAUCGACUGGAACAACGCCUACCACAUCGGAAAAAUCAACUCCUGGCGCAACCAGAUCUACCAGCGCGCGGGCAUCAAGACACGUCUGAUUGUCUCCUGGCACGAGCUGGAGGAGCUGUGGAUGGAGCUGUACUACCAGCUCUCCAUUGUCGAGGCACGUCAGCGUAACGGUAACAUCAUCCUUCCGUCGCCUAAGCAGCUGAGGGAUUCGUUCAACGAGCUGUUCGUCGGCAGGGUGCUGAAGGAUAGGCGUGGCAGGAGUUUGGCGCCUAGGGACGAGAGGCAUGCCACGGCUUUCGGAUCGAAGUUCAACCGUAUGUUUCAUACGUUGAAGGCGAGGCUGAAUGCUUGUGUUCGUGGCAAGGGCAAGGAGUUCAUGCCCGAGAUUCGUUUUGCGAUGUUGCUGGCCUACAAGGCCAAGAAAGUGGAGAUGGGCGUUGAGGCUGACGACGCUGUUGAUGGGGAAGAGUGGGAGGCCUUUUUGGAACAGCUAUAUGAGAUUGCCGACGAAGAGGAGCAGCAUCUCACCGAGGAACAGGCAGAAGAGAUGAAGGAAGAUGGAGACUUGGAAGAUGAGCAGGAUCUCAUGCAAGAGGAAGAAGACGACCUUGACUACGGUGACAGUGGAGCUGAAGAAGAAAAGCAGGAUCUCAUGCAAGAGGAAGACGAAUCCGACAGUGAAACUGUAGCUGGAUAUGAAGAUCGCCAUCCCACACAACAACAGCAAGAAGCCUUCGGCCUGACAGCCCUUGAGGCCGACGCUAUCGACGCCCUACUCAGUCUCAGCUCAGCAUCAAACAAUCAUACCACCGCAUAUGGCUUUGCCACCCCUGAACUGACUCGUUCCGCACGUACCUCGCUCUCCACGGCGGAGAGUGUCCCCACGCCUCCUUCUCAGGGUGCCACGUACAUCGCUGGUGGCUAUGACGUCGACAACCGUGACAAGGAUGCAGCUGGCGAACGCGUCGUCGGUGGCUGCAAGAAUUGUGAUAUUUUUGCUGCAAAUGUGCUUUUGAGCGCUCGACGUGGUUGA